AACGGCGACAAGAGCUCGUCCAAGUUCAUCUCACAUCUCGCCUCUUACCCAGCCGUGCACGAUGGCAUUGAGACCUACAAGGCCAAUCCUUACGGCAAGAAGAGCUUGGAAGUGGCCGACGGCGCCUACAUCCGCUUUGCUAAGCCCGUAGAGCCAUACCUGCAGAAGCCAUACUCUUAUGCCCAGCCAUACGUCCAGAAGGCCGAUGAGCUCGCCGAUGCUAGUCUCACCAAGGUCGAAGGCCACUUCCCAAUCGUGAAGCAGGACACCACGACCAUCGUCGACACUGCCAAGGGCUACGUUUUCUGGCCAUACAGUUACCUGACCGGCACCUUCAAUGAUGAAUACGAGAAGACUGCCAAGCACAACAACCGCGGUCAGGGUGUUGGAACCUUGGUCCAAGCAACCAUCUCAACCCAACUGAGAAUCGCCUCGGACUUCUUCCAAGCCGUCGCCGACUUCCUUGGACCAAAGUACGAAGAGGGCAAGAAGAAGGGCUCUGAA